AUGGAGCCCGCGGAGCCGGCCGGCCAGGCCCGGGCGGCGGCCACCAAGCUGUCGAACGCGGUGGGCACGGCGCUGCAGGAGCCCAGGCGACAGCGGCGCCUGGUGCUGGUCAUCGUGUGUGUGGUGCUGUUGCUGGACAACAUGCUGUACAUGGUCAUCGUGCCCAUCGUGCCCGACUACAUCGCCCACAUGCACGGGGGCAGCGAGAGCCUCACACCAACCCCAGAGGUGUGGGCGCCCACCACGCUGCCGCCCACUCCAGCCAAUGCCAGCGCCGCCACCGCCAACACCUCGGCGCCCCCGACAGCUGGGUGGCCCUCCAGGUCGGUCCUGCGGCCUCGCUAUCCCACGGAGAGCGAGGACAUGAAGAUUGGGGUGCUGUUCGCCUCCAAGGCCAUCCUGCAGCUGCUGGUGAACCCCCUGAGCGGGCCCUUCAUCGACCGCAUGAGUUACGACGUGCCGCUGCUCAUUGGCCUGGGUGUCAUGUUCGCCUCCACGGUGCUGUUCGCCUUUGCGGAGGACUACGCCACACUGUUCGCCGCGCGCAGCCUGCAGGGCCUGGGAUCGGCCUUCGCAGACACGUCCGGCAUCGCCAUGAUCGCCGAUAAGUAUCCCGAGGAGGCCGAGCGCAGCCGCGCGCUGGGCUUGGCGCAGGCCUUCAUCAGCUUCGGCAGCCUAGUGGCGCCACCCUUCGGGGGUAUUCUCUAUGAGUUCGCCGGCAAGCGAGUGCCCUUCCUUGUGCUCGCUGCCGUGUCGCUGCUCGACGCGCUGCUGCUGCUGGCCGUAGCCAAGCCCUUUUCCGCCACAGCGCGGGCGCGGGCCAACCUGCCGGUGGGCACGCCCAUCCACCGCCUCAUGCUGGACCCCUACAUCGCCGUGGUGGCUGGCGCGCUCACCACCUGUAACAUUCCGCUCGCCUUCCUCGAGCCUACCAUCUCCACGUGGAUGAAGCACACGAUGGCGGCGUCCGAGUGGGAGAUGGGCAUGGCCUGGCUGCCCGCCUUCCUGCCGCAUGUGCUAGGCGUCUACCUCACCGUGCGCCUGGCGGCGCGCUAUCCACACCUGCAGUGGCUGUAUGGCGCGCUAGGGCUGGUUGUGAUCGGCGCCAGCUCCUGCGUCGUGCCAGCCUGCCGCUCCUUCGGGCCGCUAGUGGUCUCGCUUUGCGGCCUCUGCUUCGGCAUCGCGCUGGUAGACACGGCGCUGCUGCCCACACUCGCCUUCCUUGUGGAUGUGCGCCACGUCUCUGUCUAUGGCAGCGUUUACGCCAUUGCCGACAUCUCCUAUUCCGUGGCCUACGCGCUCGGGCCCAUUGUGGCCGGCCACAUCGUGCACUCACUGGGCUUUGCGCCACUCAGUCUAGGCAUGGGCCUGGCCAACCUGCUCUACGCGCCGGUCCUGCUGCUGCUGCGCAACGUGGGCCUUCUAACGCGCUCCCGCUCCGAGCGCGACGUGCUGCUCGACGAGCCGCCGCAGGGGCUGUACGAUGCCGUGCGCUUGCGUGAGCGCCCAGUUCGGGGCCCGGACGGCGCGCCGGGCAGCCCGCCUGGCCCCUUAGAAGAGUGUGAGGACGACUACAACGACUGCUACACCCGCAGCUAG